AUUUUUUUUUUAAAUUUUCGGCCGUUAGCUCUUCAAUCCUAGUCUCUCGUCUUUAGCGCUCUCAGACUCACUCUCACUCACUCACUCACUCUCACUCUCACUCUCUCUACUCGGAUUUGAUCUGUGUUCGGCCUCCCUUCUUGGACCGGAUCAUCUGAGCUUCAACUUUCCCUCCGUCUUAGGUAUGUGUGCUGAACAAUGGUACUCCAAAUUUUACUAGGAAUUUGUUUGAUUAGGGUUCGAUCGUCCACUAAAUUUUCGUAUUCCUGAUAAAGUUGGAGCAUUUCUGACAUUAUUUCGGGUUUCGAUCAAAACUCAAGCCUUUAUGCUCGUCUGCCCUAAAUGGUUCACUGAUUGAAUUGAAGACUUCCUUUCUUUGAGUUUGCUCAAGAACAACAAUUAAAUAUUUGAAUUUGGAAAUUCCGAGAAUUUUUCAAAUCAAGAGUUUGAUUGAAAUUUAGGGAAAUUAGUCCGUAGUCUUGAAAUUCCGAAGGAUGUAGGCUUUAGUCUCUUCAAGAAUCCCUAUCCCCAUGCUUGUCUGCUAUUAAUGGGCCCAACUGAAUUAAAAGGGUUUUCCUCCUUUUUACGGUUUUCAAUGGGAACUUCUGAAAGGUUUUCAGAUCAAGGGUUGGAUUAAAUCAAGGCUGAUACAAGCAUGGAAGAGGACUUUCGAAAGCCUCCUCUCACUUACAGUGCCGACGAGAUUGAAGCCUGUCAAAUCCUGCUCCAACUUCCUGUUUUAGUCUGUGAAUCAGUUUCUCGCCUCAAUUGUUUCGGAUUCAAUUGGGGCUUUAAGAGGAGGAGAUCAAACCCACUUCCAAACUCUAUCAAAGACAAGGUUAGGGAUCCUGCAACCCAGGUUUCUUCCUCUCCCGGUGAAUUCCAUGAGAACUUGAAAAGGAAGAGGGAGUAUAGGGAUGUGAAGCAUGAAUCUGGAAGGAUGAAGCUGGACUUGGGAUUGAAAGCAAUGAAGCAAGAUAAUCACAUCAGUCCACUCGGAAUUCACAACAUCCCUUUUGACUUAUUGGCCCUAGAGUUCGAUCUGAAUGAGGCUAAUCGGAUUCUGGAUAAGACCAUGGCUGCUCAAGCAGGAAGGACAAGGAUUAAGAUAUGCAGGGCCAAGAACUCUUCUGCUGACAGUAGACAAUGCAACCCAAUACUAACAUUAGAUGCUCGAUGAUUCGUACAUUCAUCUGUAGCUUUUGUUUUCUUUCUUUUCUUCUUCCUAUUCAUCUAUCUGUACAUGGGCCCUGCAAUCCAGCUUUGUUCCUCAACCAGUCGAUUCCAUAAGAAGCUCAGGAUUUGUCAAGGAACAGAUCAUUUACCAGAUAGGGGUUGUGAAUGAUGGUUCUGAAGAAAUGGAGGCUUCCAACUUUGGGUUGAAAGCAAGGAAACAAGAUAAUCACGUGGGAUUUAUUCCUAGUUCUUGAUCAGACUUCUUUGUGUUGAAAACGAUGCUAACAUUCCAUUUGGGUGGCGCAAGAGUUGGAUCUGAACGAGCAAGAUAUUUAGGGCCAAGAACUUAAUGGCUUGAUGGUUCUAAUGCUCAUUCAUUUUUGGCUUUUCUUUUUUACCUUCCUUUUCUUUUCUAUUUUUUGGCCUCUCUAGACGAUUAUUUGCGUUGUAAAAGUGUGUUGAGAAUCGAGAUUAAUACAAUGUUACAAAGCUCCACAGACCAAGAUGCUUUAAUUUA